AUGCGCUUCUCCAUCGCCACCGUUUCGCUGCUCGCUGCCGUUGUCGCAGCCGCGCCCGUCGAUAAGCGCCAGCAAGGCGGCAGUAUCCUCAGCGGCAUCACCAGCCUGCUCGGAAACCUCGGCGGCCACACCAACGGCGCCAGCUACGCCCCCAACGCCGGCGGCACCGGCGGCGUCUUCGCCGACCUCCAGGUGCCGGCCGACCACUUCAAGUACACCAUCACCCCGGCCAGCGCCGAGGAGCCCAUUCCCGCCGCCCAGAACAGCCAGCUGCGCGAGGGACACCGCCAGGCUCACGCCGCCAUCUACAAGGGCAUGGGCGGCAACUAA